CCCCUUUACCCUACCAAUGACUACAGUUCAAAUGAAGCCAUAUCAAAUGAAUAUGAAGAUUUCAAUGUUUCUAGUCUUGUUCCUACUUAUCAAUUCAUGUGCUCAAGCCAUAUCAAACAAAGAUGAAGCUAGAAGCAUUCAAAGCAAUGAACAAGCUCAAGGCUUUAAUGGGAACUUAGAUGGAAAUGGAAAUAUUGAGGCAUCUACAAGGUUGAACCACAAAGAUGGGUUUGUGGAAAGUCAAAAUGCACACAAACAUGAACUAUCUGUUACUAUAAGAAAGGGAGGAGGAGGAGGAGGACAUGGAGGUUCAGGUGGCCAUGGAAGUGGAAUGGGAGGAAGAGGAAUUGGUAGAGGAAGGUCAGGUGGAGCAGCUGCAGGAAUUAUCGGCGGUGCAGUGGCUGGUGGAGUUGCUGGUGGAGUGGUUGGUGGUGCAGUCGCCAAUCACGGGCACAAUUAUGGACACAAACACCUUCAUGUUUGUGUCCCAACAUUUAUUUUAUGUUUGAGUUUUUUGCUUUAAUCAUGUUGUUUUACUUCCACUAAUUAAGUAUCAUGUUUAGUUGCUUCUGUUUAGGCCUAUAUUAAUCCUCUCUUAGACUUUGCUACUACUAAAUGUAUAUUUUGGCCACAAUUAA